CACUUCAUGCCAGUGGUUUUCCCAAAAUUUUGGCCCUUAACUUACUUUAAAAACACUCACACACAAGCACUUUCUCAAUCUAAACAAAAAUCAAGCUAGAGAAACUUCAAUUUCUUAUUAAGUCACAAUUCAAGCGAUAAUUUUAACUAUUUCAUGAUGAGUUCAACAAGUAGAAUUUGGACAGUUGCAGCUAGUGUUGGAGUUGUGGAAGCCUUGAAGGACCAAGGGUUGUGUAGAUGGAAUUAUGCUUUAAAAUCAGCUCAACAUCAUGUUAAAAAUCAUUUGAGAUCUUUGUCUCAAGCAAAGAAACUUUCUUCUUCAACUUCUUAUGGUAUGGUUUCAAGUAGAUUAAAGGAAGAGGCAAAACAAUCAGAAGAAUCAUUAAGGACAGUUAUGUACUUAAGUUGUUGGGGUCCUAACAAUUAGAGCCAUUAAGGGCUAUUAUUAGAAAAGAGAAAAAUAUUGUAUUUUGUGAUCCAUAUAUAGUGGUGCUUGUUAAGUAUCCAAAAUUGAUUUUCGAAUAUUGGACAUAUGUUGUUGAUGUAAAUUUUUUAUAAUUGGAAAAUGGAACUUUGGAAAUAUUCGAAAAAUUAAAAAAA